AUGUCAUCGGUAGAUCCGUUGUUUAAUCAAUUAAGUAUCAAUAAUCAAUCAGAAUUAGCUAUUACUACACUAACAACGACAACAAACUCUCAAAUGUCAGUACCUACCGAUGACGGAGAACAGCUUUAUUCAUUAUUAAGCAAUAAUAAUGACAAGGUUAUUAGUGAUUUUCUUACUAAUUUAUCAACUACUUCGUCAGAUACUGUUGACUUGAAUGAUAAUGAUAUUAAUUAUGUUUUCUUUAAAAUUGCGCAUAUUUAUGCUUGUUCAUUGAAACGAUUAAUGUUAACACAUGAUACAGAUCCAGGAAUUUAUUUUAAAAAAUUAGGUGAAGAUUAUCGAUUACAAAUAGCAAAACGGAUUGGAUGUACGAACGGAUCAUCUAUGGUAGUCACUAAUUUAAUUCCAACUAUAUUUUAUGAACCGGUAAUUGAUAUUGAUGCAGAAAAUUGUCCAAAUUUACUUUACAUUUGGACAAGUUUAAUUACCGGUAAGCAUUAUAUUGGUCAAACGAAUCAAACAUUAUUAGAUCAAACAAAACAACAUUUUCAAGAAGCAUUAGAACAAACACACGAGUCUGAUAAUAGAGAAUUUAAUCAUGCUAUUCGUUGUCAUAGUCAAAAACAAUGGGAUUUACGUAUUUUAAGAUUUGUAUAUGCCGGUGAAAAUAUAAAUAAUAUAAAACAUUAUUAUAUUGACAAACUUAAUUGUAAAUGGCCUGGUGGUUAUAAUAUGGAGCAAAUGAAUGCAUCUAGAGAUGGUUUAGCUGAUGAUGAGGUUGAUACGGUAAUCAAGAUGAUAAAUGGUGCACGUGAAAAAAAAGAUUUUAUUACUGUUUUAUCUCAUGUCAAAGAAUUAUGUCAACUGAUAGCGUGUCCCAUAGAAGAAAGUGUUGAUCAAGAAAAACUUAAAGAAGAAGUAUUAAAGUUUGUUUCUACAGACAUUUCAAUGAAACCACUACUUGAAAUUAGAAAACCAGCUGAAGGCACUUAUUCAAGAACUAGAACAAAAAAAUGUACACAUUGUCAACGAAAUGUAGUGUUAAAAGAAUUUAUCAAUUUUCGUUUUGAAAAAGAAAAGGAGAGUAAUAACAUUAUAAAUUUUGAAUUCUUAAAUAAUUUGCAAUCUUGUUUUCAAAAACCAGAGCUCAAAAAUUGA